AAUGUUGCUCUGGUAAUGAGUAAGUCCGAUUGGAAGAUUGUGUCUAUCACGUACAAUGUCAAUAGCAGAAAGCCAGAAAGCGAUCAGAUCAGUCAGCUUAUACGAGAAGAGGAUGCAAGUGCUGCGACGAUUAUUGCAAUUGGAUUACAGGAGCUUUCUCAUUCGGAAUUGUUUGGUACGGUGCCGACUGAGGCUACUUGGUUAUCAGUGCUUACGGCAUGGUUGAGUUCACAUGGCAAAUCGCUUCUUUGCAAGACUUCGCUUGCAUGGAAUUUACUACUGGUUUUUGCUCCGCUGGAAAUAUUUCCUUUGGUGACGAAAAUAGAUUCCAGGCAGUCACGGUCCAGUUUAGGGGGCCUCACUGGUCACAAAGGCAGCGUGUCGCUGCGGAUCAAAUUUAAAGAUGAAAGUUCGCUGGUCUUCAUAACAUCGCACCUUCUCCCGCACGUGAAUAAUUUUGAGAAGCGAUGCUUACAGUAUGAGUAUGGCAAAGUUUGUGCUUUUGAUGAUGAAGCAGGCAACGGUGCGGGCACCAAUGUGAUAUGGCUAGGCGACUUCAACUGGCGAGUUGAUCGGCUUUCGGCUCAGGAAAUGAUCAAAAAGUUAUCAGAGCUAAAUUUGAAUGACGACAUGGAUCGGCUGGUGAAUGAAUUUGAUCAGCUCAGAAGGGCCCAACGAGAUCGGCAAGCUUUCAUGGAUUAUAGCGAACCGGAAAUUCAUUUUGCUCCGACUUAUCGUUUGCUGACCAAUAAUCUCAAGGAUCAUAUGCUGUCUUUUAGGUUGGCUCCUCAUACUACGACCAGGAACGUGUGCCGUCUUGGUGUGAUCGGAUCGUUUACAAAGGUAAAUCGUUGCAAUGCGACCGAUACGAAUCGAACCGUAUGGUGA